AUGACGCUGCACAAGGGAGAAAUCCCAUUGGUCCCUCCGCUUUCCUGGGCCUUCCCAAUUACGAAGGCGGGGGCGCUGGCCCGGAUCGCCGGAAGCGAAGGGGGGAAGGAGACCCCCGCCCAUUUCCUGUACCAGGGGAAGGCCGAGUGCCAUUUCUUCAACGGGACACGGCGGGUGCGACUACUGGAGCGGCUGUUCUACGACCAGCAGGAGUUCGUCCGCUUCGACAGCGCCCGCGGGGAGUUCGAGGCCGUCACGGCGUUCGGGAAGGGGGAUGCGGAGGCUUUCAACAGGGAUAAGCGUCUCCUGCAGGACCGGAAGGCCGAAGUGGAUUACUUCUGCCGAUACAACUACGAGGCUCUCCAGGGCAGCCCCGUGAUUGGCCGGAGAGCCAAGCCCACCGUCUCCAUCUCCCCCACCAAGCUGGACCCCACUUCCCCUAACACCAUCCUCCUCUGCAUGGUGAGGGGCUUCUACCCCGUGGAGAUUAAGGUCCGGUGGCUGAAGAACGGGCGGCCGGAGGAGGAGGGCAUGGCCUUCGGGGAGGAGCUGCAGAACGGAGACUGGACCUACCAGCUCCAGGUGAUGCUGGAGACCCAGCCCCAGCGGGGGGACGUCUACACCUGCCAGGUGGAGCAUGCCAGCCUGGAGGCCCCGAUCACCGUCCAGUGGGAGCCCCGAUCCUCCAACUCUGCCAAGAGCAAACUCUGGACGGGGAUCGUGGCAGCCGUGAUCGGGGUGAUCUUCUUCACCAUGGGGCUCUCCCUCCACCUGAAGAGCAAGAAAGCAACUCCCAUCCAGCCUCCUGCAGAUUUCCUAUUGCUACAUCUUCAUUUCCUUUAUCAAGAUCCAGGCUGUGCUGAUAUUAAGCCAUUCUUAUUCUAAGUUGUAUCCAAGGCUAUUUCACUUGAGAAAAAAUAAC